UGGCCGCCAUAGCGCCGAUCACGCCAAAGCCGUUGCGGACUGCAAUGUGCUCCCACGGCUGCUGGAUGUGUACUUAAACCCGAAAAGCUCAGAAGAUCUCCGCAUGAAGAGCAAACGAGCGCUGAAGAACAUUAUUCAGCGUUGUUUGCAGCUCCCUGCACUAGAGCCGCUACUGCACCCGGACGCGCCACAAAAGGUGCUCAAGUAUGUGUGCGGGCAGUUUGCAAAGGUUCUCCCAACGGACAUUGCGGCGAAACGCGAGUUUGUUGCCAAUCGCGGUCUCGCCACCGUGCAGCGUAUUCGUCCCGAGCCAGGGUCGAAGCUUGCAGAGUACAUUCAAAGCAUCAAUAACUGUUAUCCGCCUGAGAUUGUGCAGUAUUACUCACCACAGUAUGCCCAAACCUUCCUGGAGAAGAUAGAAAACUACCACGUGCAACAGGUACAGCAGAGCUAA